GUUACUACUCCGGAGGCGGCUCUGCUCGGCUCGUUACUCGGAGCCGCUGCACCUCACUCUCUCCACCGUCCGUCUCCUUCUCGCUCUUGUGCUCCUUCGUUGGGAGGAAGGACCGUUGUUGUUGUUGUUGUUGUUGUUGUGACCGGGAGCCGUCACUGCCUCUCUUCUCAGCUCUCGUCCCCGUCCCCGUCCGUACGUCCGUCCAUCUCCUCCUCCCUCUCGGCAUCGCUUUGGAAGACAUCUGGUGUUGCGGACCCCCCCCACACACACACACACACAGAGACACAGAGGGAGACCCCCCCACACACACACACACACACAGAGGGAGACAGAGAGUCUCCCCCCCCCGGGGACCGGUCUCCCCCUUUUCUACGGUCUCGAGUUGAGAACUUCUCGUUUCGUGUUGCACCGACUUCGCUGUGUACCCGAGAGAGAGGGAGAGAGAGAGAGAGAGAGAGGCUCUGCUCCCGAGACCACCACUCACUCACUCACUCACUCACUCGGUCCCCGACUCGGGGCAAAAGAAGAGAGAGAGAGAGAGAGAGACAAGUGAAGUCGGGAGGGAAACUGAGCCCCGACUUUCUUCUUCUUCUUCUUCUUCUUCUGUUGCUGCUGCCGCAGCGGUUAAAGAAUAAAUACACCGGAGAACCAAACCCGGGCAACGAGAAAGCCUUCCGCGGUGCCGUCAUAAAGGUUGGCCAGAGGAGUAGGACCUUCCCCUGAUCCUCAGCGGGUGAAAGGAGCAGCGGAUUUGUUGUUGUUGUUGUGGUGGUGGUGGUGGUUGUCCUUGCGGUCGCUGGUGGUUUUUUUUAUCGCCACCCCCACCCCCCGACCGAUAUCAUUUACCCCUCCUCCACCCCCUACCCCGGGGAUCCAGGCUUCCUUCCAGGAGUUUUUCACGUGAUGAUGGAAACACCCUUCUAUCAUGACGACGCAUUGAACGUUGCAUUUGGACAGAACGCCUACAACAACAACAACAACACCGCCAACAGCAGCCGCAGCAACGCCGCCGCCGCCUCCGCCAGCGCCAGCAUCAUGAAGAAGAACCUGAGCCUGAACCUCACCGUGUCGCCCAGCAACCUCAAGCCUCACCUGCGGGAGCACGAGGGCACCCUGACCUCGCCCGACCUGGGCUUCCUCAAGUUGACCUCGCCCGACCUCGAGCGCCUCAUCAUCCAAUCCAGCGGCAUGGUGACCACCAGCCCCACGCCCGGUCAGAACCUCUUCCCCAAGGGGGUGACCGAUGAGCAGAACAGUUUCGCUGAAGGCUUCGUCAAGGCUUUGGAAGACCUCCACAAGCAGAACCAGUUGAACGGAAUUAUCUGCCCUCAGACGGUCACGGGGGGCAUCACUACGGCCAGUUCUGGUAACAUCCACCAAGACCCUCCCAUUUACACCAACCUGAACACUUUCAACCACGGAUCAAUCAACACAACAGUUAACUAUGCUACGGACACUGUGUCCUACCCUCCCCUGGCUCAUCCUUUGGGCCAGCAGUCCAGGCUCCAAGCUCUCAAGGAUGAGCCCCAGACCGUGCCCGACGUGUCCGGGCUGGGGGACAGCCCCCCACUCUCCCCCAUCGACAUGGACACGCAGGAGAGGAUCAAGGCGGAGAGGAAGAGGCUCAGGAAUCGGAUCGCGGCGUCCAAAUGCAGGAAGAGGAAGCUGGAGAGGAUUUCCAGGCUGGAGGACAAAGUUAAGAACUUGAAAUCCCAGAACUCUGAACUGGCCUCCACCGCCAGCCUAUUAAGGGAGCAGGUCGCUCAACUCAAGCAGAAAGUCAUGACGCACGUCAACAGUGGCUGCCAACUAUUACUGACUCCUCAGGUCCAAGCCUAUUGAGAGGCUCGUGAUUGUGUGUAUGGACGUUCUGUGCAAACUCUCCAUUCAGUGCAUCAUGCUUGGAACAUGCGGCUGAUUGUGCUGGCCCUUCAGAAGCCGAGGCUGGGACUUUGAGAACUUGUUUUGUUUCCUAACGAGACGAAAAACACACCGAAGCAUAAGGCUUUGUGCUCUUGAGGUAUUGAGGUGCAUAUCAGCAGUGACUUUACGUGAAGCUCGUUUUUUUUUCCCCCCCGAAAAGAAAAAGUUUCCCAUCGACCAAAAAAAAAGAAAGAAACCCUGCUACGUUAACAUGUUAUAAUGCUGCAUGUUUUGUGUCAAACUUGCUACGCACACCAACAAACAAACAAACAACGACGCCGUCAAAGAGAUUGUUUGUUUGUCAAGACCCCGGUUGCAUGAAAUAAAUAAAAGCUGGCUCCAAAACGCAGACCAACCCAAGCAAAAAAAAGGAAAGAGACUCUACAGCUAUUCGGCGUAUACUGCACACACAGUAUAUUGGGUCUCUCCGAGUGUCGUCAUGUGUUUGCAGUUGCAAUGCAAACCCGUUUUAAGAAACCUUUUUUGUAAAUAGUUAAGUGUCCGUGAAACUGUUACAACAUUCGUGUUGGAAUGUACGUUUUUGUUACCGUGUCAAGCUGUUUUUUUUUCCAAAAAAGAAAGAUGCUCUAUUUAUAUACUGUAAUGGGAACAGUGCGAUUCCCAGUUGCUAUACAUUCCAAAUAUGUAUUGCUCACGAUUCUGUGAUAUUCAAAUAAAAGUAUUAUGUCUCAUA